AUAGUUAUGUUUUAUAAAUGUAUGUGUUCUGCAUACAAAAUUGUAGAAAGCAAUGGGAAUUACUGUCACAAACUUAUUUUAGAAUUUAAUUUCACUUACUAGAUCUAUUCAAAAUUGAAUUAAAAAUCAUGUACAGUAUAGUAUACUGUAAACAAAAUUUAUGUUAUUAUUACAGAAAGAAUAUUCAAUAAGUAAAUGUUCAAUAUUGAAUUUACUUAAGCUGUUGAACACAACAGAAAUAUUUUAUGCAAGCUUCUUGCAAGCAUGAUCAUUAUUAAAUAGAUAUACAAAUAAAAUAAAUUUAGUAAUGAAGCAAAAUAUAAUAUUCUUUUAAAAACAUACAUGUAUAUGAAAUUAAACUUUCAUUGACGGUGAUAAAGUAAUAAAAACUAAAUUUACAAUAUAAUUGUAUAAAUAUAAAGCAAACGGCAUUACACCACAUAAAUAUAUGUGUACAGACAAAAUGGCCAUUGCAAAACUAGUUAGUAUGGUAAAUAUGUGAAAAAUAGAACAAAAAAGAAAAGUACUGGUUAACAUCAAUAUAACAUGAACUUUAAAAAUAUACUGCUCUAUGCUCAAAUUUGAUAUUAGUAAAUAUUGUUGAUUGCUUAUAUAUAACCUGCCAACAAUUUUUUUUUACUUCAAACAAAGUAAAAAUGUUUAAAAUUCAACACACAAUAGUUAGUCACAAUAAGAUUAUAUAGUGUUGUUAAAAAAACUGGCAUUUUUUAAAAGAAAAUACGAAUAUAAUUAUAGUGUAUUGAUUCUGCUAUUUAAAUUAUGCAAAGUCAGUAAGAAAUUCAUAAAUUUAAACAAAUUUCUCUUAUUAAAAAAUUUUACUCAAGCAUGAGCAUGGAUAUCUUUAAACAUAACAAAUUUAAAACAAAACAAACUAAACUGGAGAACUGAAUAAUAUAUGAUAGAAAAGAUCAACAAGGAAACGAAUGCAACAUUCAAUGAACACAACAAUUAAAGUAAUUCUUUACUACUUUAAUAAAAACAAAUCAAACAUAAUUUCACAAAACCAUACAAUAUUCUUUCCCCUUAUUUAAUAAAUAACUUGACCAAAACUUGAAAAAUUGACCACUUAAUUUUUAAGCACAAAAUUUACUGAUUUUCAAACAUUUUGAAAUUAACAAAUAAAUACAAUUUUUAACCAAAUGUAAUGAAAUUUUAAAAAAAGGCUGAAAAACAUGAAAGGUCAUUACAACAAAACAAAAAAAAUCUUAUGAACAACUGUUUGCUUGAUCUUAACUUAUAAAAUGUAAAUCUCUAAUCAUUUUUAUAUAUAAAGAACAUAUAACUUUGGUUAUAUGGCUAUCAGUCUCAAUUAUACAUAAUACAUGAAAAAUUAUUUAUAUAUAAAGAACAUAUAAUUAAGAAAAAAAUAUUUAUAUUUAAAGUAAUACUUUAUAAAAAGUUUAUAAAAAGGCACACAAAACAUGACUUGUUACAUAAUUUUUAAAUAAAAAUCAACAAUUUUAACUAGCAAAAUCAUAUACAAAUGUAUGAAAAAAGUUACAUUUACUUAUUUCAAAUAAAAUUUGUAUUUAAAGCAGCAUAUUUCCUGAUAAAUCAUUUAACUUUAAUAAGUACUAAAAUUAUUAAAUUUACUAUUUAAAGCAGCAUGCAUCUAAAUUUAAUUUAAAUAAUAUUAUUUUAUCUUGAAGAAUUAACUACUUAACUUAAGAUUGCCUUCAAAUUUAUGCAAUGUUCCAUAAUAAAAUGAAGUGUUAAAAUAUGUAUUUAGUUAAAAUAUUCACUGUGAAAACAUUUCUUAAAAUUAAAAAUACUUGUACAUUUCUUUGUAUUUUCUUUUAUUUUUUAAUUUUUGAAGAAAAAAAAAUAUUCAUACUGAUGUACAGUAUGCUGCUCUAAAAGCAAAACAAAUUGAUUUGACAUUUUACAUUUAUAAACAAGCCUUCUAAACAAUAUUUAAAAAAUGGUCGAUAAUAUGACAGGACUGGAAAUAAUUUUUUGGGGAUUAUAAUGAUUGUUCUUUUUGAUUUAGGUAUUUCAUUUGAUUGAAAUAUGAAGAAAAGAUUUGCAAGUCACACUGAUCAAGAAAUUGAAGAGAAAGAAGAAAAAAAACCUGUGCCAUAUAACACUCAAAAAAUGAAUACUCAUUGUGCUGAAACCUUUAGGAAAUAUCUUGAAGAAAAGGGUCUUGAAAGUAAUUUUGAAGAGUUUGAUGAAACAAAAUUAGCUGGAGCAUUGGGUCAUUUUUAUAUGGAUGCCCGUACUGUGAAUGGACAGGCAUAUAAAACCUCAACACUUGAAAACAUUCGGCAUAUAGUCUGAAUAGAUACUUGAAAUCUCCACCAUUCAAUAAACAUUUUGACAUUAUCACUGGUCCAGAAUUUUUGGAUGCAAAUGAAUGCAUGAAAACAGCUUUAAAAGAGCUAAAACAAAAUGGGCAAGGAUCUAUAAAAUCACUACCCUAAGAUUACAGAUGAUGACCUAGCAAAGCUGUACAUGAGUGUAUAUCUCACUCCAAAUACACCAUCUGGCCUACUUAAUAGAGUGCAGAUGAAUAUAAGAUUAUUUUUUUGUAGAAGAGCAAAUGAAAAUUUCGAUCAGAUGACAAAAAGCACAUUUCAAAUUGGAAAAUACCCUGAUGGAACUAGAUAUGUCUAUAAGUCAGAAGAUGAAUUAACAAAAAACCAUCAAGAAAAACAAAAGGCAUUAAUAACAGGUCACAUGCCAGAAGAUAAGAUUAAUAGUGACCUAUGCCCAGUAAGACUGUAUGAGCUACAUACUGUAUACACAUCAAAAUUGAAUCCAUCCAACAAUCGCUUAUGGCAAUACCCAAGAGAUGCUUACCAAUAUGGAGAUGAAAGCUGGUAUCAAAAUAGACCAAUGGGAAGAGACAAACUUGCAUCAUUUCUGAAAUGUCUAUCACAAAAAGUGCCACUUUCGCAAGUAUAUACGAACCAUUCAAUUCGGGUCACUGGUGUAUCUACAUGUAUCCUUGGGCAGGGAUUUUCUAUGCCGCAAAUCAUGGCAGUGUCCGGACACAGAUCGACAUCGUCCCUAGCUUUAUACCAAAGGGUAUCAGAUACAGAGAAACAACAAAUGGGAAAUGCUAUUUCCAACAAAAUCAUAGGCCAGGAGAAUCUACCAAUGCUGCCAAGUACCAGCCAUACCAUUACGCACACUGCCAUCUUGUAG